UCUCUUCUGAAUGGAGCGUCUUUAACGUGAAGAGUGUAGGACUUAUAACGUAGAGCAACCCCGACAACACAAAAAUAAAGAAUACCAUGCGAGCCCUGAGUCCGGUCCUGGUUGGUGCCUUGGUGACCCUGCUGCUCUGCCUGCCUGGCCCCGCGCACGGAGAAUCCUACUUUGGGGACAGCCACUGUAGCAUAGCAGUCGUCCAAGAUGUCUCAACCUUCCAGCUCACUCUGAAAUUCAAAACGAGUCGCCGAAGUGGUCUUCUGCUCCUGGCUGCGGGAAUGGAGGACUACCUGUUCCUGGAGCUGCUAAAUGGGAAACUGCAGGCACGAAUGAAAGUGGGCGCUGCAGAAGACACGCUGUCCUCUUCUCAAGGAGUGCAGUUGAACAACCUGAGGGAACACCAGGUGUUUCUGACGUUGCAAGACGGCAAGCUCACCAUGACGAUAGACGGUCUGUUUUCAACAUUCGUCCCUAUGGAUGUUGGUGGAGAAAGGCUAAAUAUCGACCGCGGCCUUUGGCUCGGAGGAACCGGCGACCUGGACACUCCCUAUCUCAGCAACGCCAUCCCACCUUUCCGUGGCUGCAUUACCGACGUUAAAUUCGAAUCCCACCAGUUUAACAUUCUCAGCUCGGCAUUCAAGCAGUGCCAAGACACCAAGGAAUCGUGCAGCAGUGAGUUUGAGCAUUCAGACGGGGAGGCAAUCAGUUUCAGCACUCCAGAUUCCUUUGUGUCUUUCCCUACAUGGAGUGGAUCCGCUGGGGCUCCGAGGUCACUGGAGUUUCUAAUGAAAACCACCAUAGAGGAUGCUUUACUCGUCUUCCACCAUGGCCAAACGUCAGACUUUAUUGCUAUCGGUGUUGUAAAAGGCUAUCUCAAAGGGGUUUUGGAUCUAGGAGAAGGUUUAAAGUCACUUGAAAAUACACAGGUGCAGCUGGAUGAUGACCAGUGGCACAGGGUCAAGAUUCAGGUUAGCCCGGAUUCUUUUGUUCUCAUUAUAGACAGCCAGUCAUCCUCCAUUUCUCUCGACUCAUCACAAAAGCUGGAUUUGGUAGGAAAUCUGUAUUUUGGAGGCAUCCAGAAGAAGAUGAAGGAAGUAUUUAGUGAAAGUGGGUCCUUGAAUCGUUUUGAGGAAUUCAUCACAUCUGAGUCUUUCAUUGGAUGCUUUGGGGAAAUUAAAGUAAAUCAACGCGACAAAGGUCUGCAGGAUGCUUUGGUGACCAAAGAUGUCCAUAUAAAAUGUGAAGGAGACGACUAUGACUACUCAACUUAUGCAGAUCCUGAUGGACCCACCACUUCCUCGCCCAUCGUUGAUUUCGUAACUCAGUUUGUUGAACCUCAAUUAAAUGAGCAAGAAUGUUUCCCGACCGAUUCUGAACGUGAGGUGUUCAGAAAUGUAACAAAACUUCUCAACAUCUCCACGCUGCGAGUGUCUGAUGGUGAAGAAGCCUAUCUUGACAUCAACAACGUGAGACCCACGUUUGACCUCAGCGCUGCUGGGAUAAGCCAAUCACAAAUUAUCUUUACACUCACCGAUGAUCCUUGGUAUGGCCUGGUUGAUGUUAAUGUCAAUAGAAACAUGGAAAAAUUCUCUCUGCUUGAUGUGGUCGAAAAGAAAAUCAAGUACAUGCAUGAUGGAAAUGGAGGAACCAGCGAUAAGAUCUCCUUAUAUGUGCGUGUUGUAAGUAAUAGCUACCUUCCAGAGUGUCUGAAACAUACCCACAGUUACUCGAUUCCGGUGGAAAUUAUUCCAGACAGGGCCUCACCGGGAUUCACUGCAGAAAUUCCUAUCACAGAAAAGGGAAGAUCUCAUUUGAGCCCCAGCCUUCUUAAAAUGAGUCAGUCCGUCUCCAAUUGUGACCAGCUUGUAAUAACUGUGACCACGGCUCCCUCAUUUGAUUUUGGUUACCUGGAAAAUAGUCAGCAACCAGGAAGAAGAAUCUCAGAGUUUACAUGCCGAGAACUGGAAGAUGGAAAUAUCUUUUUUGUACACAAAGCAGGCAGUACCAGUGAAAUGACCUUGAAAGUGUCGGACGGUGGGUCAGCACCUCAGACAAGCACUUUUAUGUUUUUGGCGAUAGAACCAAAUGCGGUCGUUGUCGGUGCAAAUCGCCUUAGCGUAGUCCAAGGGAGCAAUGCGUCAAUAGGGAUUCAGAAUCUGCCUGUCAUCCCUCAUCCUCGUAAUGGGGAUAUUUUAUAUAUCGUCACACAACCUCCUGUGUUAGGAGAAUUAAGAGUUAGGGGAAGUGAUGGCAUGUACACGCAAGUUACAAGUUUUCAUCAGUUUCACCUGGAUCGAGAACUAAUUAGGUAUUUUAGCACAGAUACAGACAGCCAUGAAAACUCUCAGGUGGAUAACAUUCUGUUCGACAUCCAAAUGGGAGAGUUUGUUCUCACAGACAACCUGUUCCGAGUUCAGAUCCAGCCUUCCAAAGUGAGAGUGUCAUAUCUGGAACGUCUGGAAGCCAAACCUGGAGAAAAGCAGAUGAUCACAAAGCUUCAGGCUGAAGUGCUGGGCAAAUCCCCAAAUCCACAAACAAUUAAAUACAUUCUUGUGAAGUCUCCGACACAUGGUAGUCUCCAGAUAGCAGACAAAGAGUUGAACGAGGGUGACAUGUUCACACAGAAGGACAUUUUGGACAAUUCUUUGAGUUACAUAGUGCAAGGAUUUGUGGACACUAGUGACCAGUUUCAGUUUCGAGUCUUUGUUGAGGACCAGUACUCUCCAUUAUACAGCUUCCCAAUAAGCAUACUUGAUGGAACGGAUGACUUUGUUUUGACAAAUAAGCAUCUUGUUGUUUUACAAGGAGGUGAGCUAGCUUUGAACAAAAACUACCUCUGGCUUCAGUCUUCAGUUUCCCAGGAAAUUUUGUACAAAGUCAUUCAAGAACCAAAGCAUGGACGCCUUAUCAGGGAUACCCCAGGACUGCCUAGAUUUGAUGGGGCGGUUAGAUAUUUUAGUAAUGAAGAUCUUGAACAUGGUCGGCUGAUUUACAAGCAUGAUGGCUCCAAGACUACAAGCGAUGAGUUCCACUUCUCAGUCACCCAGCAAGAUUCAGACAGUCCAAAAGUGGUGACAGGUAUCUUCAAGAUACAGAUUCAAUUCAAGAACGAGCACGUCCCAGUGAGGAUAGUGGACAAAGUCUUCAACGUGGUCCGCCGGGGUCAGCGUUUGCUCACAACCGACGUCAUUCAAUUUAAAGACGACGACUCAAAUUUCAACGACACUCAAAUUGUCUAUGCCAGAGAAGGGAUUCUUUCGGGCAAUAUCAUGUUGACGUCCAAUCCGUCGCAGCCAGUUUUCCGUUUCACACAAGCCGACCUGAGGGACAAGAACAUCUUAUUCGUUCAUCAUGGAGCAGAUCAAGAACGGUUUCCCCUGCAGGUUUCAGACGGCUUUCAUAAAACCACCGCAAUGCUUCAGAUCCAAGCUGGUGAGCCCUACCUCCAAUUGGUGAACAACACAAUGAUUGUCAUUGACCAUGGAAGUACCAAGACCCUCGAUACCAGCCUAUUGAGCGCAGACUCCAAUAUGGAUAUCAGAGAGGAUAGCGAGAUUCAUUUCGAGGUUACGUCCCCACCCAGCGAUGGCAGGAUUAUUGUGAGUGGGAUUGAGGCUUCACAGUUCACCCAGGAGGACUUGAAAAAGGGAGUUGUCUCAUAUGAGCACAAUUAUGAAAGCCUUAAGACCAAGGAUUCCUUUGGUUUCACAGUGCGAGCAAAGGGACUUUCUGAAAAAGGCACAUUUGAGAUAAAAAUUCCUAAUCAAGGUCACCUUUCAGAGCCAGAGGUCAUAGCCAAUGAGGUCAUCAUUUCUUAUGAGGGAGAGCACACCAUAAUCAGCGGGGAUCAUCUCAAGGUGAAGCAGUCCAAUGUCCUUCCUACAGACAUAAUUUUCACACUGAAAAGAUUGCCUGAACUCGGUCAUGUGGUCAUGCUGAAAAACAGUUCAGAGGUGGCGGCCUCCCCGGUCCUCGACUACAUCCAGUCUUUCACUCAGGAAGACAUCGAUCUGAAUCGCGUCUUCUACGUGUCUGCAUCUGUGCAGGGAACCGACGGGUUCACGUUGGACGUGAACGACGGUUUCAGCACGCUGGAGGACCUGAGCGUCAGGGUGGACGUCAUGCCGCGGUUCAUACCCAUUCAGCCGUCCAACUUCUCUGUCAAGGAAGGCCUCAGUCGAGCAAUUAACGAGGAGAUUCUGAACAUCCCGCAUCGCUUCUACCGCUUGGCAAACAUCGACUUUUCUGUGGAAGAGCUGCCUCAGCACGGUGAAAUCCGCAACCUGGCAGGAGACGAGCUCUCCUACUUUACAUGGGAGGAUGUGAGAUCCGGACAGGUCGUCUACAUGCACGACAGCAGCGAGACCACGGAGGACAGUUUCACGCUCUCUGCCUCGUCGUACGAGAUUGAGCGCCGCAGCCUCCCUGUCACCAUCUCGGUCACCAUCAUACCGGUGAACGAUGAGCCGCCAAUCGUGACACGCAACGCCGGCCUGGAGGUUCGUCCCGGCGAGCAAGUCGCCAUCAGCGCCAGCGUGCUGAGCACAGAAGACGCCGAUACCCCCGCGGAGGAGCUGGUUUACCACGUGGAAAUGCCGACCAACGGGGUGGUGACAUUAAAACAGGAGCCGAGGGAGAGCAUCCAGAACUUCUCCCAGGCUCACAUAAACAGAGGGGAGAUCAUCUUCACCCACCAGGGCGAAGAAUCCGGCGAGUUCAGCUUCACGGUGACAGACGGAGAGCACACGUCUCCUCUCCAUCGAUUUGUCAUCAAGGCCAGGCCUCACACCAUCACCUUGGAAACGGGGGAGGAACUCGUGGUGUUCCCAGGAACACGACAGGUCAUCAAGGCCGCCAACCUCAAAGUGGGAACCGGCGAGGACGGGAACGAAGCGAGCUUCCUGCUCGUCCGCGCGCCUCGUUUGGGAAGGCUCAUCCUGGCCAUUGAGCGGAACCAGUUUGUGGAAACUAUCUUGUUCUCGCAGUCACAGUUGGAGUCUGGAGCAGUCUACUAUGAGCACCAGCUGCCCACCGAGCCUUUCUGGGUGGUCAGAGACUCCAUGGAGUUCACUGCAUCGCCCCAGGCUUCUCCAGACGUCCGGCACGCGCUGCCCAUCACAGUCUCCUACUAUGCUGCUCAUAGCAACAUUUCUUCUCAGAUGUGGAGGAACAAAGGGCUUGAAAUUGUGCAGGGUCAGAGGAAAGCAAUUGACAAUUCCAUUCUUGAUGCCUCCAACCUUCUGGCAAGUCUGCCUGAAGAGAAGAAAACGGACGCGGAUGUUGUUUUUGAAAUAAAGCGCUUCCCUGAUCAUGGUCGUAUCACCCUGCGGGGUGAGGAUCUACCCCGAGACGAUCCGCUCUUCACACAAUCAGACGUGUCUCAGGGAACGUUAGAGUAUCUUCACGAUGACUCCGCCACUUUUGACAGCCUUGCUUUCAAGGCCUAUCUGAAGUUAGGAGGUGGUGGUAAGAACUACCCUGCUGAGUCCGUAAUCCUGGAUGAGAUCUUUCAUAUUUCAGUCAAACGACGUGGUUCCAACCCUCCUGAAUUAGUCACUACAGAUAUGCUUCUGGAAGUUCUCCAAGGCUCCAAGACCUCACUAACCCAGAAGCAUCUCAACACCCAAGAUGAAGAUAAUCCACCAGACGAGGUGCUCUUCAAGGUGACCAAAGCCCCUCGUAAUGGCUAUCUCCUUAACUCUGUUACGUCAGAACCUCUCUCUGAGUUCACUCAAGAAAUGAUCAAUCGCGUAGAAGUGGCCUUCCAGAGUGACGGCACCCUUAAAGACGGAUUUGUGGAAUUCACCAUAUCAGACGGCGAGCAUGAAACGGAGCCGCACACACUCCACAUAGGAAUCUUAGCUCGCACCCUGCUUCUCAAACAAGUCCCAGAGAUCAAGGUACGACAGGGAGACGAUCAGAUUCUUGUGACUGAGGAGAUGUUGAGUGCCUCUACAGGUGGUCCUGUUGAGGAGGACAUCCUUUAUAAAAUCACCAGUACUCCAAAAUAUGCGGCUGUCAUGGUAGACAGGCAGCCUACAUCUGCCUUCACCCAGAAGCAGAUCAAAGAAGGAAGAGUCAGUGUCCGUUUUGUGAAGUCCACUUCACCCCGAGACAGUGUUUUGUUUACAGCCCGUAGCCGGGCUGCCAAUGUCUCCUCUGUCCUCAACAUCACUGUCCAGCCUCUGGCUAAAAUUGCUCAAAAUCCUUUGUUACCUCAAGGCUCACUUGUCCAGCUGGACAGAAAGCUUUUGGAUGCAUCGCCCCUAGCCAACAAGACAAGAGCCUCACCCACAUUCACAGUCAUCCAGCAGCCAAGAGGAGCUCGUAUUGUGGAGUUUAAGGAUCCUGAUGCUGGCCAGCCAAUACAGACAUUUACCCAGAAGGACCUGGAUGAAGGUCGUAUCGCAAUGGAAAUAUAUGAUGCUGCCUCAGGAUCAAAAGUGAAGGGUAAUGAGGAUGAAGCUCGGUUCCUGCUAAAAGCCCAUGGAGUCCCUCCAGCAGAAUGUGUCCUUUCCUUCCAGACAAGCCCUUACAACACCUCUGCAGUUUAUCCUGCCACCCUGCUAAAGAAUCCUGAUGAAAGAUUCAAACCCCCAGGAGAUGGAGUCACCCCAUCAUCCCCUGACUCUGGUAACCAUGGGAAACCACACGUUUCCCGACGUGGAAAUUUUUGGUCCAUCUUCAUUCCCAUUCUAGUUGUCCUCCUUCUCUUACUACUGGCAGGCGUCUUGGCCUACUAUCUAAUCCGUAAGAACAAGACAGGAAAACACAACGUCCAGACAGCGGCCUCAAAGCCCAAAAACGGAGAGGUGGCCACAACGGAAACCUUUCGCAAAACGGACCCAGCCAACAACAUUCCUAUGUCCAAUGUGGACUCUAAAGGGGCGGAUCCAGAGCUGCUUCAGCACUGUCGGACAACGAACCCGGCCUUGAAAAAGAACCAGUACUGGGUCUGAAACACUUUGAUUUUGGACAUAGAAGGAGGUGGACUUCAUUUAUGUUGGUGUUUAAAUUUUCCUACAACAGUUUAAAUGAAACACACUUUUGACGCAUUUUUUUCACUGACUUCUCUCAGAACAGCUGUGGACAAAUUCUCAGGCAUGAAAACACUGAAGAUGUAUUGGCAAAGAAGGAAGUGAUCUUUUACAUUCAGAGGGCUAUCGCUAACGCCAUGUCUAUUUAUUUCCAUUGUGCCAUUCCUCACUGUCAAAGAGCACAGACACGACAUGAACAUGCAAAGUGUUUGCAAAAAAAAGUACUUUCUAUGUGCUCAACUAUUGUAUCAAACAUCAUAUAGGCAAACAUUAAUCAUGCUGAUAGGUACGAAUUUCAGUGUUGUUUUUUAAACUAUGUUUUGGAUAAUCAGGAUACUUGAUCAACAAAAUAUAUGAGUAAGAAGUGACAUUGAGGUCAGUGUACGCUUACCGUAUCCGCAGUCAGAAGCUCUUAAUCCAGUAGAACCCCUUAGUGGUGUGAUGUAACAAUGGCGUGGUGGAUUAUGAAUGUGUAGCUGACAAUUCAGAAUCUCAGGAAUAUUAAGAACACCUUAGUGAAGAUUUACCAAAAAGAAUUAAAGCAGUUCUGAAAAAUAAAGACACUUAUACCGUGAUACUGGCAAGGUGUAGCACAUAAUGUAGCUUUGGAGUAUAAGGUACCUUAAUUUUGCUUUAUUUCUGAAAAUCGAACCUCAAUUAUUCAAUUCAAAAUACUUUAUUAUUCACUUUCUGUCUAGAAACCAAAAGAUAGAUGCCACUUUCACAGCUGUGUCUACACACCACUGCAUCACAUUCACACCUAAAGUUUAAGGUAUUCUCUUGUCAUUUUUUUUAUGCUAAACUAAGCUAAGCUAACAAUAGCUAGCACCUAACAUCUUCUGCCAAGCUAAUGCUUUUCCCAUAGUAAGCACACGUCAGACAGGAGUUAAAAAGCAGCACUUGAAGUCAAAUUGCACAAAUCUAAUCCACUCCAGCUCCCGGUCAUGUUGACAUCUGUUGGACUGCAAUGUUGCCGCGCGUUUCCAAAGAGCUUGUGGAAAUCUGUUGGACUGGAGAAGCAGAACAGAAACAUUACUUUGGUCCUGCAAUAUUUACGCUGAGAUAUAUUUAAUCUCAAACCGAAAGGCACAAAAGAUGAAAAUGACCGUCAACCUCCUCAGCUCGUUGGGUUGUUAAUUUUUAAUGACAAACCAAAAGAGCAACUAUUUUUAGUAGAAACAUUCCUUAUUUUAGUCUCGUUGAAUAUACAGACUCAUUUUUCAUAAAAUACAAUUUUUUUUAAUUCUUUAGUUUUCUUUUAUCGCAUGAUAAAGACUUUUUUUAAAAAAAGGUUGGUACUGUAAAUCACAAAGUUUUCUGCUAAAGUUUUGACCCGUUGUGCCUAGUCAAUCAUUUUAAUUUAGAAGUAGAGCAAAAUGAGCUGCUAUUUUUUUUUUCCUGUACCAGAAUUGCCUUUUUCACAAGCCAAAUAGUAAUUUUGUUGUGUUUUGUUUCUUUACAUUAGCCCUGAUUUGUUGUUUAACAGCCUCCAGGAGUAAUAAUAGAUGCAACACAGGAGCUUCAAAGCAUUUAGGCAAGUUGUAUUUCAGUGAUGACGUAAAAUAAAGCUUCUCCCCUCAGGAUAUCCCAUUUUGGUUUAUGUGUAAAUAUUGCGUUUCAAAAUAAAAGUCUUUGGUUUUCCUAGUAAAUGAACAGAUUUUCCAUAUCGGAAUAUACAUGUAAAGAGAACAAGUAAUUAUAUUAAAACUGACUGUUCAACGUUGA